AUGGCCAACACCACUGGAGAGCCCGAGGAGGUGAGCGGUGCACUGUCCCCGCCAUCAGCAUCAGCUUAUGUGAAGCUGGUGCUGCUGGGACUGAUUAUGUGUGUGAGCCUGGCAGGCAAUGCCAUCUUGUCUCUGCUGGUGCUCAAGGAGCGUGCCCUGCACAAAGCUCCUUACUACUUUCUGCUGGACCUGUGCCUAGCUGAUGGCAUACGCUCUGCCGUCUGCUUCCCCUUUGUACUGGCUUCUGUGCGGCACGGCUCCUCAUGGACCUUCAGUGCACUCAGCUGUAAGAUUGUGGCCUUUAUGGCCGUGCUCUUUUGCUUCCAUGCAGCCUUCAUGCUAUUCUGCAUCAGCGUCACUCGCUACAUGGCCAUCGCCCACCACCGCUUCUACGCCAAGCGCAUGACACUCUGGACAUGCGCAGCUGUCAUCUGCAUGGCCUGGACCUUGUCUGUGGCCAUGGCUUUCCCACCUGUCUUCGAUGUGGGCACCUACAAGUUUAUCCGGGAGGAAGACCAAUGCAUCUUUGAGCAUCGCUACUUCAAGGCCAAUGACACACUGGGUUUCAUGCUUAUGUUGGCUGUGCUCAUGGCGGCCACGCAUGCUGUCUAUGGCAAGUUGCUCCUCUUCGAGUAUCGUCACCGCAAGAUGAAGCCAGUGCAGAUGGUGCCAGCCAUCAGCCAGAACUGGACAUUCCACGGUCCUGGGGCCACUGGCCAAGCUGCUGCCAAUUGGAUCGCCGGCUUUGGCCGUGGGCCCAUGCCACCAACCCUUCUGGGUAUCCGGCAGAAUGGGCAUGCGGCCAGUCGAAGGCUGCUGGGGAUGGACGAAGUCAAAGGUGAAAAACAGCUAGGGCGCAUGUUCUACGCAAUCACACUGCUCUUUCUGCUCCUCUGGUCACCCUACAUCGUGGCCUGCUACUGGCGAGUGUUCGUGAAAGCCUGUGCUGUGCCCCACCGCUACCUGGCCACCGCUGUUUGGAUGAGCUUCGCCCAGGCUGCUGUCAAUCCGAUUGUCUGCUUCCUGCUCAACAAGGACCUCAAGAAGUGCCUGAGGACUCACGCCCCCUGCUGGGGCACAGGAGGUGCCCCAGCUCCCAGAGAACCCUACUGUGUCAUGUGA